AUGGCCGAUCCAGUCGACUCGGCAGUCCAAUGCAAACGAUCCCAUCCCAAAGAGAGCUUCGCCAAGGUGGCCAAACGAUUCAAGGUCGUUUCUUCCACUCUUAAUAAUCGAUACCACAAAAGACACGCCUCACAUGCCACCAACAACCCCCGCAAGCUCCCUGUCAUAAAAGAGAACCAACUGGUCGACAAGAUCAAAACGUUUGCCGACCGCGGUAUGCUCCUGGCCCCUGCAAAAGUUAUAGAGGGCGAUUCCCCAGGCGCGAUAGGGGGCUCGCCUUCUGUGGAGCGUCAUCCCGUCGAGUUGGACUCGGGGCCCCAAGAGACGUACGACAGCGAUGAUCUUUCCAACCCUCCCUCCCAGGCUUCUCAACCUCCACCACCCGCCCCUGAAACCCCUCUCGGUCCCCGCCGACGGGGAAGGGGUACACUUCGAGAUUGGGAGCUGGACCAAAUUGUGGCUCUUGCGCAGACUGAGGCGGAGGCGGAGGUGGUAAAGGCAGAGACCGUAAGGCUGGAAAAGGAGUUGGAGGAAGUUAGAGCGGCGAGAGCGGCGAUGGCGCCUGAGCAGGACACGGGGGGAGCUCGCAAGGCGCUUGAGGAUCUGGGCGGGGGUCUGUAUGAUUUGAAGUAUAGGGAUGAGAACCGGGAAGCGCUGAAGAAGAGGAAGGAGAGAGAACAGAAAGAAGAGAAGAACAGGGGGGGUCGGGUAAAGCGGGCUCGUCGUAGUUGA